AUGCCUGUGGCGUACAUCUCACUCUGGAAGACGUCCGAGUCUUUUCACACUAGCCUUCACUCAAAGCUGAAUGCCACUUACGAGGCUCUCCGACCUUCCUUCCAUAGCUUCGUCGUGUUCUGCGACACGAUGUGGCCAUUUGUCCUCCCUCCACUGUUUGCGAUUGCACUUGAGGCACCACUAUCGCUAAGGACAUGGAUCGCGGUACAGAAGACACUACCUCCACGACUGACAGAAACACCGCCACCGCCUUCCUACCUUCAGAAGAUUCGCAAACAAGCGCUAACGCACUUCGCACCCGUGUAUCUACUCUUCGUCGCUCUCCUUGCUUCAUAUUUACAAUGCGUGGCGCAAGUCCCGUCUCGUGACUUGCGCAUCUAUGAAGGAGUGCUGUUCGGGCCAUUGUUUUUGUUCGCUACGUCGAGAAUGUUUGGACUGCUGUCCCGGCUGUAUGCUCUAAGUGUGAAACGUGAUAUUGAAGGAGUCAGCUACCGAGCUAUUUCCCUCAAUGACAGCAUUUGCAAAGUGAUCGUUCACGCUGCGCUCUUGCACGUAUUUAUCGCGACGGAUGUACGCUCUACGAAAAGCAUGCGUGCCGUUGUUAUCUAUGCUGUUACAAAUGUCGCAACACUUUUUGCACUAACUAUUUUCCUCGUUCUUCACGCACCACAAAUCAAGUUCCUCCUUUCCAACAAAGUAACGGUAGAUCCACAAGAACCACAAUACCCUGCUUGGAAUGAAUUUAACGCAACUACGUCAGCAUUGCUCAAAAGCUCCAACUCUAGCAACGACAACGAUAACUUCAGUCUUCUUGAUUCUCUUUCCUGGAAUGAUACGACAGAUGAUUCGAUAGGAUAUCGUUGGCCACUGUUUGCUCUUUCAGUUCUCUGGAACAUUUUCCCCGUUGAACUCAUCACGCUGUGUUGUCGCUUUGAUUAUGCUUGUUGCUCUGCUGCUGCCGCUUUGCCUUUAUCGCUUGCUCAGCCUCAACGUUCUGACAUCGAGUCCUCUGAGGAAGCAGAGUUUGUUAACGGAAAUACUGCAAUCGAGGCUGGAGAGGUGGAUAAAAACUGGAUUGCUGAAGGUGGACAAACAUUGACUCAUGAUAUGCUUCCGGUGUAUGCGCCUCCGAGAGAGAGAACGAAAAGCAUUGGUGGUGUUGGCCCAAUCUUCCUCUCGCCCGAGGCUCCGGAUUCUUUCUACGCUCAUUUGUCUUCGCCGAUGAUUGCAUCUGAAGAUACCAAUUCUAACAUGUCAAAGACCGCCAAAGUAUUGAAAGCGUCUUCGACUAUAGGACAAGAAGGGACGCCUCUCCCCACGUCGCUCGCGCAUUCUCUCACCCAUUCAACAUCAAUGCAUCCUCAACAUCAAACGCACCUCGCAUUUCCCACAUUCAUCUCCUCACUAUUAGCUUAUCUAAUGUCCACGCUCCUCUUCUCGGUUCUCUUCUAUCUCGCAAUUGAGUACCGAAGCGAAGAAGCACUCAAGUGUCUGGCCCCGCUCUUUCCACUAGUUACAUUGCCCUUGACAACGUUUGCUGUUCCGUUAGGACUCCUUCUAUGUUCGGAUUACCGGGGUGGAUUCUUGGACUUAUGGGGCUAUGAAGAGGUUUGGGGAUCUGAGCCGCAGAUUAUUGACGAGGAUGGUAACGAUACUGUAAGGCGGACGACGAGUCUAGAGCGCAGUGAAUAUGGUGCUGCGGAUGAUGAAGAGAAACGACCUCUCAUGGUAUAA